AUGGCAUCGGAUACUGCCGCAUUCUUCUCCAUGGCGGACAAAUACUUGAUGAGAACGGGCGUUCCCUUAUCCUCCGUUAUCAUCACAAAGGCAAAGGGAACUAGACUUUACGAUAUCAACAACAGGCAGAUCCUUGACUUCACCUCCGGCCAAAUGAGUUCCCUGCUGGGACACUCCCAUCCGGAAAUUGUCGAGGUAGUCCAAAAGUACAUCGCAGAGCUCGACCACCUUAUAAGCAACAUGGUCACGUAUCCUGUCGUCGAGCUCGCCGAACGCCUAGCCCGCUUUCUCCCUGGGCCUCUAGAAAAAUCCUUCUUCCUAAACACAGGUUCCGAAUCUACAGAAGCCGCCAUCAAGAUCGCCAAAUGCUACACGGGCAAAUUCGAAAUCGUCGCUUUCGCCGCAAGCUACCACGGGUUGACCCAGGGCUCAGGCUCCGCAACCUACUCCACCGGCCGCAAAAGAGGAGGGCCCUGCAUGCCAGGCCAGCUUUCCUUCCCAGCACCCUACGCCUAUCGCUCUCCUUUCCGCAAACCCGACGGUUCGUAUGACUGGGAGACAGAGAUGGAUUUCGGCUGGUCAAUGAUUGACCGACAGAGCGUUGGCUCCCUGGCUGCCUUUAUCAUGGAGCCCAUUCUAUCCACCGGCGGAAUCCUCGAUCUUCCAGUGGGAUAUCUGCAGCGCAUGAGUAUAGAGUGCAAGAAGCGCGACAUGCUGAUCAUCAUGGAUGAGGCCCAAACUGGAGUCGGUCGAACCGGCCAUAUGUUCGCUUUCGAACGAGACGGCAUUGUACCUGAUAUCCUGGCUCUAUCUAAGACUCUCGGGUGCGGUCUCCCUCUAGCAUCCGUCAGCACAACCGCGGAAAUCGACCGCGGGUGCAGAGAAGCCGGUUUUCUGUGGCUCACUACGCAUCUUAAUGAUCCUCUUACUGCUGCAGUGGGGAACAAGGUGCUUGAGAUCGUCGAACGAGAUAAUAUCUGCCAGCGCGCUGCGGAGCGCGGUGCGCAGUUGCGUGAGGGACUCCUCAAGUUGCAGGAGAAGUAUUGGUGUAUUGGGGAUAUCCGAGGCCGGGGUCUCCUGCAAGGUAUCGAAAUAAUCUCCGAUGCUGAAACAAAGGCUCCUGGGCCGGAUCUCGGACAGGUAAUUUCGGACCGGGCUAUGGUGUGCGGUCUUUCUUGUAAUAUAGUUAAUCUUCCGGGUAUGGGUGGUGUUUUUCGCUUGGCUCCUCCUGUUACUGUUACGGCUGGGGAGAUUGAGAAGGGGUUGAAAAUCCUGGAUGAGGCUUUUGGUUAUGCCUUGAACGAGAAAAGGGUCUAA